AACCAUCGUGGAAAACGGUGGUUAAUUAAUUUUCAUUCAAAAUCCCACUGAAAUCCUGAGCUUUUUGAACGGUUUUUUUUUUGGUUAAAUUCUUGCUGCUUCUGCUGCCGAUGCUGCUACUGCCUCUGGUUGCUUGCUGGAACAACAACAACAACUGCAGUGAGUAAAGCAAAGAAAAAAAAAUCAAUUUCAUUUUAAAAAUUGUUAUCCAAAGAGCGAAAGAAAGAGAAUAUUCUUUUUUCAGAAUCUCUUCUACCGAAUAAACAACUGAACACUGAUAAUAAUUGAUUGAUUGAACAAAAUCAUGAACUUAUUUGAAAAACUUGAAUCAUCAUAUAAUUUAUUAGAAAAAUCAUUAAUCGAUAUUGAUGAUAAUAUUAAAAAAAUAACCGGUAAAGAUCCUAAUCGUUCAUUGUUUGAUGAUAAUGGCCGUAAUAAUAAUAAUCAAAGAUCAUCAUCAUUUCGUCAAUCAUCAUCGUUUGCUGGAAAUAAACGAAAAUUAAACGAAUUUGGCGGUGAUGAUCAUUUCAAUGUUGACAAUGAUGAUAAUGAAAUUCAAUAUAAACGUUCAUUACAAUCACAAGUAGUGGCUACAUCAUGGGAAAUGAAACAUCGAAAUCAAGUUUUGGAAGAACAAAAAUUGGAUAAAAAAUCAAUGUCAAGAAAUCGACGAAUGUUUGGCCAUAUACUUGGUACAUUGGAAAAAUUUAAAAAUGAACAAUCACAACGUAAAGAUUUGCAAAAACGUGCCGAAAUUGAACAAAAAUUGGAUCAAGCUGAUGAACAGGAACGUGAACAAUUAAAAAAUGAACGUGAAAAAUUAUUUAAAGAAAGAACUAAAAAACGUUUACAAAUGAAAUGUUUAGAAAUGAAAUUACAACGUGCUGAAAUUCAUAAAAAAUGGGAACAAUCACAACAAUAUUUGGGAAAUUUUAUCGAAACAAAAGUUAAACCAAAUAUAUUCUAUAUGCCAGCAAAACAUACACCUGAAACAUUGAAACGUUCACAAGAAACUAAAGAUAAAUAUAGAAUUAUAUUUGCUGAAAAACGUGCUAAAAUACAAAAAGAAUUGAAUGAAAUUGAUGAAUUGUAUCGGAUAAAUAAUGAUGAUGAGGAUGAUGACAAUGUUGAGAAUAAUUUAGCAAAAGCUGCUAACGAAAAUGAAUUGAAAAUUCAUUCGAAAGAUUUACCAAUAACAACAACAACAACCACAUUGAACGAUAAUCGAUUGAUCAAAGAUCAAAAAGAAUCAUCGAAUAAUUCUCAUGUUGUUGAAAAGAAAAAUGGUCAUUUUAAUCAAAUGGAAACAAUUCGAAAUGGACGAAAAUCUUUAUUACAGAAUACAACAGUAGCAGCAGCGACUAGUGCUGUAAAGAAAAGAAAUGAUGAUGUACAUCAUCAAUCAGCCAAAAUAGAAGCGGAUGAUAAAAAUGAAAUAAAAACCAAAGAAAUAAAAAAUUCUGGUCAUCAUCAUCAACAACAACAAAAGCAUUCACAUCAUCAUCGUCAUCAUCAC